UUCUCACCUUUCUCACGCAAGCAUUCAUUCAUUUACAUUUCAUUCAUUCUCAAUGGCAAUGAAACUAUUACCGGUCUUAGACAGACAUACAUACAUACCCCUCCCCUCUCCUCUCCUCCUUCGCCAUAUAGUUUACUAAUAAUAAAGAUAAUCCUCUCUCUCUCUCUCCCUCUCUUUUGUUUCCAACACAAUACGAUACGAAGAACACGAUUGCCAAUCAUCUGAAGAAGAAGAAGAAGAAGAAGAAGGGGAAGGCAGCCGAGCUCAGUGCUUGCUGCUGCUUUGCUGUUGGAAAAUUCAUUGUCAUUAUAUUAUUUAUACAGCCUUAGCUCUAUAGCUUAGAUUAGAUUAGAUUAGCUAAGCUAAAAAACACAUACACAGAGAGAGAGACAGAGAGACAAUGAGCACCUCUCUGCUGCUCAUUUCUGCAGCUUUCCAGUUGCAGUUCCUCCUCUUCUUCUUUCCUGAUCCGGCCUUCUCUCGCCUCCCACCCGACCAAAUCUCCGUCAUGACCGCUCUCUCUCACCAAAUUCCCACCACCCCAGCAGUUACUGCUGCUCUCUCGCUCUCAUGGAACAUCUCCUCGGAGCCUGACCCCUGCAACUGGAAACGUGUCACCUGCUCCCCCGACAACUCCUCCAUAACCCACCUUUCCCUCUUCGGCUUAUCCCUCUCUACCCCCGACAUCCUCCCAACUCUCUGCAACAUCUCUUCUCUGGAGGCCCUCGACCUGUCGGACAACGACCUCUCCUCCAUCCCGCCCCACUUCUUCAGCUCCUGCGGCAGUUGGCUCGGGCUCAGGCUGUUGAAUUUCAGCCGCAACAAAUUGGUAGGUUCUCUCCCCGCUUUUGCUGGUCAUUCCCUUCCUCAGUUGGAGUUCUUGGACCUGUCCCAUAAUUCCCUCGAUGGGACCAUCGGCUCUCAGCUCGAUGGCUUGGUUAGCCUUAGGAGCCUCAACCUCAGCUCCAACUCGUUCGGUGGCUCUCUCCCUGUCCCUGUCGGCUCAAGCGGCGCCAAGUUCCCCGCUCUUCAGGAUCUUAAGCUCUCCACCAAUAAUUUCCAUGGCCCCAUCCCUCCCCAAAUCGCAGACUAUCCCUCCCUCGUGCUGAUCGACCUCAGCUUUAAUAGCCUCAACGGAACCCUGCCCGGCACCUUAGGACAGCUCCAGGAUUUGCAAGUACUGAUUCUCUCCGCCAAUGACCUCAGUGGCCCCAUCCCGCAUACCCUUUCGAACCUCUCUAAGCUCUCGAGGUUCUCCGCCAAUCAGAACCACUUUACAGGCGCCGUUCCCAGCUGGCUCCCCAGGUCGUUGAGGAGUUUGGACCUCAGCUAUAACGACUUAAGCGGGCCGAUCCCAUCGGAACUCUUGUCUCCCCCGAGUUUAUCCUACGUCGACUUGUCUUUCAAUCGGUUGGAGGGUCAAAUUCCCCCCAACAUAUCUCCUGCCAUGUUCAGGUUGAGGCUUGGUAGCAACUCGCUCAGCGGUGCAAUCCCUUCUUCGGCCUUCCUGGGGCUCCACAGCUUGACUUACCUUGAGUUGGACAACAACACCUUCCGGGGUCCCAUUCCCAUCGGAUUGGGCCACUGCCGAAGUUUGGCUCUGCUCAACUUGGCCAAAAAUCGACUGUUUGGCCCCUUUCCUCCGGAGCUGAGAAAUCUCUCUAGCCUCCAAGUCCUGAAGCUCCAAUUCAAUAACCUGUCCGGGGAAAUUCCUGGCAUCAUUGGUAGCUUGACGAGCUUAUCCCAACUGAACAUGAGCUGGAAUCUGCUGACCGGGCCCAUUCCAUCUUCGAUUUCAAGCUUGAGGAACCUCACCAUUCUGAAUUUGCAGCAUAACCAUCUUGUUGGGAGUAUCCCCGACUCCAUCGCCCAUCUUGAUUCUCUGAUAGAACUCCAACUCGGGAGUAAUCGACUCAAUGAUCCGAUUCCUCCUAUGCCACCUAACCUGCAGAUUGCCCUGAAUCUCAGCAACAACCUCUUCAAUGGACAAAUCCCGUCCGCUGUCUCUCAGCUGAAGAACUUGGAAGUCUUGGACCUCUCAAACAACGAGUUCUCGGGUUCCAUACCCGAAUCCUUGACUGCAAUGGAUGCCCUCGCACGGUUGGUCCUCACAAAUAAUCGGCUCUCAGGAAUUGUCCCCGAGUUCGGUCCACUUGUUAAGCUAGAAAUAGAGGGAAACAACGUCACUCUUCGUUCUCACAAUCGAACCACCUCAUCCCCGAAGAAGAGAAACUCUGUCGCUUUGGCCAUCAUCAUAGCUCUAGCCUCUGGUAUUCUAGCUUCCAUACUCGCUGCAAUACUCGUCUUUUCAUUGUGGAGACGGUUUUGUCGGGUCGAGGAUGAGCACUUUCAAUCAGGGGAAGACCUUCCCCUCCCUCAGGUCGUUCGAGGCACUUUAUUAACCACAAAUCGGAUCCACAGAUCAAGCAUAGACUUCAACAGAGCAAUGGAAGCAGUCACUGAUCCAUUGAAGAUCAUAGUGAAGACUCGUUUCUCGACCUACUAUAAGGCCACGAUGCCUUCAGGAAUGAGCUACUACGUCAAGAAGCUGAACUGGAGUGACAAGAUAUUCCAAUUGGGGAAUCAUGACAAGUUUGCACGGGAGCUCGAGGGUCUGGGGAAGCUGAACAACUCGAAUGUCAUGACUCCUCUCGCUUAUGUCCUGUCUGUAGACAGCGCUUACCUUUUCUAUGAAUAUGCGCAAAAGGGCACCCUCUUUGAUGUCUUUCACGGUGGAUCAAAUGAAUUGGACUGGGCAAGUCGUUACAGUAUUGCAGUAGGAGUGGCUCAGGGGCUGGCCUUUCUACACGAUUGCUCCUCAGGCCCCAUUCUCCUCCUGGACCUCUCGAGCAAAAGCAUAUUGCUCAAGUCUCUGAAGGAAUCUCAGGUGGGAGAUAUCGAACUCUGCAAGGUGAUCGAUCCCUCGAAGAGCACCGGCAGCCUCUCAACUGUUGCGGGUUCUGUUGGGUAUAUUCCACCUGAGUACGCAUACACGAUGAGGAUGACGACAGCGGGAAACGUCUAUAGCUUCGGGGUCGUGUUGGUGGAACUCGUAACUGGGAAGCCAGCGGUCAGCGAGGGAACUGAGUUGGCCAAGUGGGUGUUAGCAAAAUCGUCGCAGUGGGAUCGUAUACUCGAUAUCAGUGUCAGCAGAACUUCCUCGGCAGUUCGGAGCCAAAUGCUUAAUGUCUUGAAGAUCGCUCUGAGCUGUGUGAGUCCAUCACCUGAAGCUCGGCCUAAGAUGAAGAGUGUGCUAAGGAUGCUCCUAAAUGCAAGGUAAAGCCUCUGUUGGAGAUAUUAGACGGAUCUACCUUUCUUGUCGAUGCAAGGUUACCUGUAUUUGUAUGUAAAAUAUAUGAAUGUGUGGAGAACGAUAGGAGGAGAGCGAGGAAGGGAAUAAUUUUUCGAGGGAGCCGACGCUGCUCCCUGCUUUUUUUUGCUUCAUUACAUUCUGUCUUGAUACGUAGCUCAACACUAAAGUCAAGACAGAUAGGUUGGAGUACAAACAAUACAAAGAUAGUCUCUCUCAUCUCCCGCAAUAAUAAUAUAGCAGGCCUAGCCUGUAUAGUAAAGAUUUUUGUCAUAUUCUUGUUGCCCUGUACAGUGAAAUGUCUCUGCAAUUCGUUGCUUACAGCAAAUAGGCCAUAAAUUUUCUUGAUAA